CCGGCGCACUGAGCACACUGAGCUCUGCUCCAGACAAGCACAGGCAGCAGCAGCAGCAGCUCCUGGUAGUUGGCAGCGUUGAGCUGCAUGUGUAGUGGAAGAACGCUGCGCAGGCUGUACAAGCAAGCAGAUGAUGAUGAUGAUGGGAAAGGUAGCCUUGGUACUGGUGUACGCAGCAGCCUGCAGUGGGGCUCUGGCAGCGGCUGCAGCAGCGACUGGCAGGUCAGACAGAGGCAAUUUCCUGGAUGAUAAACAAUGGCUAACCACUAUAUCCCAGUAUGACAAGGAUGCCGGACACUGGAAUCGAUUCCGCGAUGAUGAUUACUUUCGUACUUGGAGUCCUGGCAGACCAUUUGAUCAAGCUUUGGAUAAAGCAAAAGACCCAUGUUUAAAAAUGAAAUGUAACCGACAUAAAAUUUGCAUUGCCCAGGAUCAAGAGACUGCAGUAUGUGUCAGUCACAGAAGGCUUACACAUAGCAUGAAGGAAGCUGGAUUAACCUAUAAAUACUGGAGAGGUGUUCCUCUUUCUUCCAGCUGCAAACAAUGUCCAGUAGCUUACACAAAUCCUGUUUGUGGAUCGGACGGACAUUCAUAUUUAUCUCAGUGUAAAUUAGAUUAUCAAACCUGCAUUUUGGGGAAACAAAUAACGGUGAAGUGUGAAGGACACUGUCCAUGUUCUUCAAGCAAAUCAAGAACUGUAAACAAAAAUAAUAAAAGAGUGUGUACUGAUCAGGAGUUCAGAGAAAUUGCUAAUCGACUAAGAGACUGGUUUAAAGCACUUCAUGAAAGCGGAUUCCAGAAAAAGAAGACCAAAUCUCCUUCAGGACCAGAAAGAAGUAGGUUUGAUACAAGUAUUUUGCCAAUUUGCAGAGAUUCUCUUGGGUGGAUGUUUAAUAGACUUGAUAGAAAUUAUGACCUGCUGCUGGAUCAGUCAGAGCUUGGAAGCAUUUAUAUUGACAAGAAUGAGCAGUGUACUAAGGCUUUCUUCAAUACAUGUGACACAUACAAGGACAGCUUAAUAUCUAACAAUGAGUGGUGCUACUGCUUCCAGCGACAGCAAGAUCCUCCUUGUCAAACAGAGUUUAGUAACAUGCAAAGGCAGCAAGGAUUAAAAAAGCUUCUUGGAUACUACAUUCCAGCAUGUGAUGAAGAUGGCUAUUACAAAGCAACCCAGUGCCAUGGAAGUAUUGGCCAGUGCUGGUGUGUUGAUAGAUAUGGAAAUGAAGUCACAGGAUCCCGAAAAAUGGGCUCUGCAGAAUGCGGUACAGAUUUAGAAACGUCAGGAGAUUUUGGUAGUGGAGACUUCCAUGACUGGUCUGAUGAUGAGGAUGAUGAAGAUGAAAUGAUGAAUGAUGAAGAUGAAAUUGAAGAUGAUGAGGAUGAAGGAGGUGAUGAUGAUGAUGAAGAAGAUGAGGAUGGGUAUAUCUGAUAUAAUAUAAAGCAAAUUUAUUCUAUUUUUCAUGUCUACCAAAAGACGUCAACUAAGAAAUACCUUUUGCUCUCGUCCAAGAUAUAAAGGAUUUGAAAACAAAACAAAGAAAAGAUAACAUGUUUAUUUUGUAUGACCAUACCAAGUAUCAAGCUGGAGUCAUAGACUUUUGUUUCAGAGUCAUUUAUGUGCUUUUGAGCUUUUAUAUGCUUUAAACAAGAAGAAAACACAUUGGACCUAUAACCUGAAGAAAGUCCUGCAACCCCUACACGUAAAUUAAUUAAGGACAAGAUAAUUACCUGAAGUGUAAGGGACACUGUCCAUUGUUUGGACUUCUGUGAAUUUUCCAAAUGGAAAGUUAAAUGUACUAACUGAAAGUAAGAACUAUUGGCUUGAUGUAGAUAUAAAAUAGAUGAAUUACUACGUUAGUGAAAAACUUUGACAGUGAAAAUUUUCCUUAUAUUUGUUUACAUUAUUUCCUCAGAUUAUGCAGAAAUGUGUUUGUUUGUUUGUUUGUUUGUUUAAUUGGCUUUUAGAUUUAUUGUUUUAUUACUUUAGAGUUUCCUUACAAUUUUAUUUAGAAGCAUAGUAGGAAAUUAGUUAUUUAGUCAAGCAGCAUGAUGAUGAGAUUACUAUAGAUAACACAAUUUAUUACAAAGAGUAUUUUUUACUUGGCCAGAUAAUCAGCAUUGCUCUAUUGAAAAUAUAUUGUAUAAGAAAGACUAUGAUAUGCAAUAGUUUGGAAUAGGAAUGUAGAGAAAUUGAUUAAUUCUUCAUAUUAUAACAUGAGAUGUCUAUGAUGUCUUUUACCAUUGUAUGGACUACUUACAUGAAUACAUGAAUAACAACAACAGUUCCACAAAACAUAUCAUGUGGUUUAUAAAUUGUAUGGGACUAUAUGCAUACUGUAUGUAAAAUUAUUUGUAUGACCGAAUGUUUUAAUCUGAGUUACCUAUUCUCAUAUAUUAUGUAAACCUGUUAUUGUUUAUAAUUUUAGAUGAUAUAUUUGAUACAAAACCAGUAGGCUUAUGGUGGUAGGUCAGGAUGAAGCAACCUGUAGCUCUCCAACUAUAGGUGUAUUAAAAUUGACGGUAGUACAUGUUGUAGUUCAACACAAUCUGACAAGUUACAUGUAGUUAAACAGAUAAUAAGGUAACUAUACAAGAAGGUGUUUUUUUAUUUUGGACAUCUUUAUUAACAUUUUCCAGGAGCGUCGUUGUUGAGUUUGCGUUCCCCAUCUGCAACUCCAAUAUAUUUUGACACUGCCCUACCUGUCACACGCCAUCACCCCAAUUUUAUCUGUUAACUGCUCUUGCCUAGUCACCUCUAGAUCAUAUAUAUAUAUAUAUAUAUAUAUAUAUAUAUAUAUAUAUACCCAGACACACAUUUAUAUUGAGCAGCUGCACAGUUGUUAAGGGCAUGAGAUAAUAGUUAUCUAACAGGCCUCUCUAAAAAGCUCAGGAACAGUGUGCCUUGCAAAUCAUUUAAAAAAUAUUUUCAGUGACUAUAUGCAUCAUAUCCAUUUCCACCUACUGUAAGGCCAAAUGCAUUUGAAACAUAACAUAAACUAGAGUCUCAAAUCAGCAGAAUCAAGAUGCUUUAUACUGUAGCAUGUGUGUGUGUGUGUGUGUGUGUGUGUGUGUGUGUGUGUGUGUGUGUGUGUGUGUGUGUGUGUGUAUAUAUAUAUAUAGGGCUGGUCUUCAGGUUGCCGGUGGCCGGGCUCCUGACGACCACCAUACCGGCGCCGGAAUCCUGCCCGCCGUCGUACCGACAACCUUUCUCCCUCUUGGGGGUCCACGACCCCCCUGGAGGGAGAAUAGAUAGCAUGGUGCGCGUAGCGUGCCACCGCACCCGCAGCGUGGCAAGUAUAGCGAGCCCACAAGGGGCUCAUUUGUGCUCACCCAGCUGUCGGUAUGCCGAUGGUCGUGCUUCUGGCGCCGGUAUGUCGGUCGUCGGGAGCCCGACCGCUGGCAACACAUACUACACCAUAUAUAUAUAUAUAUAUAGUUCAAUCCAAUUGUGUGUAAGUUCUCACACCCAAGAGUAAGAAUGGCACAGCUGCACUUUACAGCAGCCUAAACUUGCACAAACAUGCCCGCUGCUCCAUAGGGCUGUAAGCAAUUCAAAGAGAAUUUGGGAUGAAAUUGAGCCACAAGGGGUGUCGGCUCAAGUAACUUUGUUGGCAUUGAAACACCACUGCAAUGGUAACCCACACCCUUCGCACUCAGUUGGAUUGACCCCUUAGCAUGUAUAGAUAUAUACACAAUUUUUGCCUAUAUAUAUAUAUAUAUAUAUAUAUUUAUAUUUAUUCAUUUAUGGGUCAUUCCAAUUGUGUUUGGCACUUUACCGCAGUAUGAACUUGGGCAAAAGUACUGCCCUAUAGGGCUGCAAGUAAUUUUGAUUGAAUCUGGGCUGAAAUCGGGCCAUAAGGGGUUUGAGUUUGUGUGCAUUGCUGGUAUUUAAACUCUGUGGCAACAGUAACUUUCACCCUUCACACAUAGUUGGAUUGACCCCUUAGUAGAUACAGUAUAUACUAAAUGAAUGCCUUGCGUGCUGGAUCAAUGCAUGUCUGUGUAUAAAUAAUAAAUAAAUACAUAUAUAUAUAUAUAUAUAUAUAUAUACAGUAUAUAUAUAUAUAUAUAUAUAUAUAUUCAUUAUUUUAUCCAUAUUAAUAAUAUGAUUUCAAUAUUUUCCAAUAAAAAAUUCCAAUUGCGGUUUUUUCUCACUGUAUUUUGAAUUAUUAAACCAACAUUUAUUAGAUAUGGGAAUUGCCAAAUGCAUGAUUUGUAUACAUUGAUUGACUUUGCUAACCAUGAUUCUCAGACAGCCAUGAAGGAUCUUUGAAGUCAUCUAGUCCUUGACCAGCCACUCAGAGAACUUGGUUAAUGUGUUUACAGUAAAACAGCUUGAAUGAUUUGGUAUUGUGCCACUGUGUUUGGUUAAAGACUUAUUUAAGAGUAUUUUAUAUUUUCUAGUUGACAAAUAAAAAGCAUUAUGCAGGGUGCCUUGUACAAUGAAAAUAAAAAAGGCUUUUAUUAGGCAUGAGCUAAACCACCACCUUAUCUACUAACAGUAAAGCUACAGGAAAGAAGAAAUGUUGUUUGAUUUUAUUCUUUAUUGUUAUGUAAUGUAGCUACCAUGUGAAAUGGAUAAUGCUUAUGAUUACUGUGUAUGUUUGCAUUUAAUCCUUAAGAGUAUAAAGCUUACUUUAAUCAUUAUAUUUACAUUGGCAUGUUGUUUCAUUGUGCAAAUCGUAAACAAAAACUCCACUACCUUCUUGUAUAUCAGUAGUAUAUCCACAAUAACAUGGGAACAACGUGUAUUUCCACACAGUUGGCCAUUUUCUUUAAAAGUUGCUGCCCUGGAAAUUCGUAUUUUACAUUUUUUCUUUACUACAAGGAAAGUAAAUAAUUUUAUUUAAGGAGUAUUCUUAACUAAAUUUAAUGUUUACCUAAUUGAGUAAGAAAUACAAUGCAUUUUCUUUUAUACAGUUUAUGUAUAGUUUGCAAAAUAAAGGCUCUUGUAACCA